AUGCCGGCAUAUCAUUCUACAUUUUUAGAGGAUAAUGAACGUAUGGUUGGCAACUUUGUUUUGUUGCCAUUGAAUACGAAAUUUCGGGGUCCAGCAUAUCAGGCCAAUUCAGAUUAUGAUAUUAUUGAUGAAUGUUUGGAUUUGUUUCGUGCGAAUUCAUUUUUUAAGAACUUUGAGAUUCGCAGUGCAGCAGAUCGAGUUUUGAUAUAUGGGAUUUUGUUUAUUAAUCGGUGUUUGAGCCAGUUAAAGGGUGGGAUGGGGUAUGUGGAGGCUUUGAAGCAGAUUCAGGGGGUUGCUGUGGAGGAUUUUACUCUGCCUGGGACUGUUGGGUUUCCUUUGAAUUCUGUUUAUUCUAUGCCUGUUGGUGAUGUUGGGCAGAUGGAGAUGUUGAAGGGGUAUUUGCAGCAGUUUCGGCAGGAGCUUGGUAUGCGGUUGCUCGAGCGGGUUUACGCUGAUUCUCGGGAGCAGCCUUCUAAGUUUUGGCUUGCGUUUACACGGAGGAAGUUUAUGAAUAAGUCGUUGUGA